GUCGCCGUCGUCGUGACUUUGUCGACUUUGGCCACCACGACAUGAGUGGCGACCUGGACACACUGGUCAGCUUCGGCUUCGAAAGAUCGCGAGCAGAAUGGGCCCUCAAAUCGACCAAGAAUGCCGGCUUACAGCCUGCUCUCGACUUUCUCCAGACUCACGAGGAUGACGCCACGCCAGAUGCUUCAUCAUCAUCAUCAUCCUCCAUCGUCGAGGCGCCGGCAAGUCAGGAGGAGCAAGCAGCAGAAGCAGCGGCAGAUGCAGAUGAGGCUGCUGGCGUACAAGCCAAAUCCAUCAAAUGUCUAGAAUGCGGCAAGAUAUUCAGAAACACCGCUCUCGCUGGCUUUCACGGCGACCGGAGCGGUCAUGAUCAGUUUGAGGAGUCGACAGAGGAGAUCAAGCCGCUCACCGAUGAGGAGAAAAGAGCCAAGCUGGAAGAGUUGCGAGCCAAGAUGGCUGCCAAGCGCAAGGUCAAAGAAGAGCAAGACAGAGCAGAUGCGAAAGCCAAUGAAGCCAUACGUCGCAAAGCCGGUCAAGAUCAGGGCGCCGCAAAGGCACAGCUCAAGCUCAAAGAAGCAGAGAAGCAAGCGCUCGAACGCAAGAACGACAAGAUACUAGAAGCAAAAGCAAAAGCUCGCGUUCGGGAGCAGAUCGAAGAGGAUAAGCGCAAGAGAGCAGAAAAGGCCGCCAAAGAUAAAGCACUCAGAGAAGGUCGCCCUCCGCCCGAUACUACUGAGGCAGCACCUAAAGCUGCCGCGGCAGCUUCUGCGCCAGCGGCCAAGCGUGUCCAUUCAGAAGCGCGAUUGCAGCUCAGACUACCCGCCAACGUAGCAGGUGCGCCCGUCCUCGCGACGUUUCCAGCAGACAAGACGCUCAACGAUGUUGCGAAUCACCUCUACGACGCCGUGCCGUCGCUCAGCGGCAAUCUCGCCUUUUCGACCACCUUUCCGCGAAAGACGUUUACAAAGAACGAGAUGGCGAGCACGCUGGGCGAGCUACAGCUGACGCCGAGUUCACGGGCUUCCCGCCUGAUCUUGCUGUUGACCGGCCGGCUAGUCUGCACAGGUGUUCAGCAUCUACGUGCCAGGCAUGGCGACAGCUCUCAGUACUCGAGCAGGUGGUUCCUCGCCAGCAGGACACACCCGAGAAUUGAUCUCAGUCUAUUUCGUCAGCACCAUCAUUGUGAGGUAGGCGAGUGUAGUACUAGAAAGACACGAUGCAGUCUCGUUCAAAACAGGUUGCUAGCAUACCGACACUGUCACGUUGUGAUCCUUGAGCCGUUGGAUCGCGAGUCUACCUCUGUCGAAGUCACUCGUCGUGUGGUUGCGCGAUCAGUGAUGAGCAUCCUUCCCUGGGUCGUGGUGUUCGACAAAGCUGAGGUACUCGUCGGCAGACUGAGUCUGUUCCUGGCUGGGCGUGCUCUCGCUUGA